AUGAGGGGUCAAGUAUGGUUAACACAGGCUCCAAUAAUUGUCUAUAUAAACUUUUGUAUCGACAACUGGACACUCAGUCUUGUCUUGAUCGAUUCUGAACAUACGCUUUUGACUACGGUUUAGCUUUUCAUAUCAAACACAAUGUUCAAGUUUGUUACUGUGUUGGUUGUUGCCAUUUUGGUGAUCCAGGGCGCUGUAGAUGCCAAACCUAAGGCCAAAUCCCAGGAGCACUCGCAACUACAGGAACUGGCUGCUAACGCCCAGACAGUGGUCAAGGAUGUAACAGACACCCUCUCAGGCCAAUUGCCUGAUUCAAAGAAAGUGGUUGACACCUUGAACAGCAAUGCUCAAACCCUUGCCAACAGCGUGCAGGACGUCGUCGACAAGCUCAAGUCUGAGGUCGCCAAUCAUCAAGGAGACAUUGAGAGCGUCUUGAAACAAGUAUCCGAGAAACUGUCUGAAACUAAAACCAACCUUCAGAAAGCUCUGGGACCUGAGGGACAAAAGAAGGCUAAUGAAAUCAAAACCGAUCUGGACAAAGGACUCAAAGAAGCCGUCGCCCAGGUUGAAAAACUCACCAAAGCCAUUGAACCCGAAGCAAAUAAAGUAAAGGAGGACGUAACGAAGGCAGCCAAGAACUUCUUGGACCAGAUCGUUGAAGUAAGCAAAAACUUACAGAAACAACUGGAAACUGCCGGUAAAGCCUAAGAAGAUAUCGUGUGAAUGAUUACUGAGCAACCAAAGUAUUUUUUAUAAUUUAUUUCUUUUGUAAAUUUCUUCGUAUCUCCAGAAACUGCAAUAUUGCAAAAUAUAUGUUAAGAGUACAAAAAUGUAGCACUAGUGAUCAUCAAGAAUACAUAUACUUCAACACGAAUGAUUGCUGUUUAAUUCCUCUCGAUGACUGUGUGACAUAGCUUUUCAUAAAGUAACAAAAGAUGCUAUUGUUAUGGGAUCAAAUCAGCUAAGAUAAUUUCAGAAUGGUGGCACAUCCGGUUGUAUGGGGAGUAGAUGCCAACAUAAAAUAGACAGUUAAAUAGUCGUAUUUAAUGGAGUAAAUAAUUCUCAAAACAGUAAAAUACUAACUGAUCCAAAGAACAGGCGAAGUCUAUCCCAGGUUUACUCUAACUUAGCCUGCUAAUCAGAUGAUAUAUUAACAUUAAAUGCAAAUUAAGAAUGCUUAACACUAACUAGACUACACGGAAUGUGAAUGUCUUAUUUUUACAGUCAAUACAAAAACAAAAGAAAUAACAUACAAUAACCUCAUGCAACAAUCAAUC